AUGCAGCUGCUGGCAGCGGUGGUGGCCCUGGCCCUGCUCCUGAGCAACGUGGUGCCAGGGCAUGGUCUGUCCCUGGAGAGCCUGCUGAUCAACAUGAGGUGCAAGUGCAUCAAAUCGACCACCCAGGUCAUCAACUUGGGGCUGAUCCUGGCCAUCGACGUUACGCCGCCGGGGAUCCACUGCAGGAGGAAGGAGAUCAUCCUCACCCUGAAGAGAAACAAGAAGGUGUGUGUGGCCCCCGAGGCACCCUGGAUCCAGCUGCUCAUCCAUAAGCUGACAGAGAGUUCAGAGGCAGAAGAGGUGAAGCUGCCCUGCUCGCCCCCGAUUCAGAGGCAGAAGAGGUGA